CAGUUGCAAAGUGCUGAAUUUACGGGGGCUGUUGUCUCCAUCGAGUUCCGGAUAAAAAGUAAUGAAGUUAGGCGUACUGUCUGUAGCUUUAAGUUGCUUAAAGACUCCAAAGUUUAUGAUAUACUAUUCCGCAAAUCGUCUACGAUACAGUUGUUUUGCGAUUUUUAUAAACUAAGGUCACUGUGUUUUCAAGCCAAAAAGGCGUCUAUACCCAGUGUACUUCUUUAUGUGGACUUUUUGUGUACGAAAAAGGAAAUCUUUGAAGCGUAUAGAUUGGAAAUUUUGAGGUUAUGGGAACAACAAAGACGAGUUUUCAGAGGGUCGAAAAAGAGCGGAAAUCGGUCUUCUUGUCCCAUAAAUUCUUUAAGUAUUUCUCACGACUAAGAAAAAGUACGGUAACAGUAUAAAUAAAGGGCGAUAAGUUUCAAAGAGUUAAAGUGAUAGAUUGGUUGGGUUUAAAACAGCUAACUUAAGCGAGAUAGUUAUGGCGGACGUAAAAACUCUUUUCGCAGUGAGUAGAUUAUUUUAAUGCUACUUGUUUCUUUUGAUUAUGAACCUUUAGAGACUUUUCCUUUGCAACUAAAUCAGUUUAGCAAAACUGAGUUUCACAUUUAAAAAAGGAUGAAAUUUUAGUAGUUAAGGGAACACGCAGUAGAAUUUGUUUAUCAUAAUUAAUCUUACAACAAUAAUAUUAACAUGAUCUUUUUUUCUGCAGGUUAUUCUUGCAUGUCUGUUUGCUUUCGAAGUAAACACCCUAGGUCUGGUCUUUCAAGGUUUUCAGUGCUCCAGCGUGACUGGUGGUUAUUUGGAGAUAAAAAACUGUAAUGGAACGUCGUGUUCUGCACGAAUCUCCGGACGAAGCUGUGAUCCCUCAAAAACAAGUAGGUUGCUUUUUAUACCCCGUGAUUUUUUUCUCAGUUUUUAAGUUACUUCAAAAUUUGUGAGCACUGAAUCGAAAAAAAGGUGUGAUCACUAAAUACAGUGCAAUAUAUACGAUUUUUUUUGUGAUAUUUGUACGUACUGCUGUUAAAUGACCAAUGUUUCUGACACCCACAUUUUUAUAAAAGCGGCGGAAAUUCGUUUUUCGGCUUUCUAAAGAGAGUCUGAAAUGUUAUACAUCUCUUCACAUCAUCCCCAAACGGGCAGCAGGGCGAGAGAAUAAGAAGAGAAGAAUAAGAAUGACAAGUAGAAAGUAAACAGAUCUAAUUUGUAGAUACUUUAGAUAACCUUAUCUACAAACGUUCAAAAGAAUGGUAUAAACUUCGAAGGUAUCCUAGCUUCUUGCAUGAUACAACUUGAUCAUAGUGGCACAAAAAUAGACUUAGUUGCGAGUUUAUAGAUGUCAGUGAGCCGGACAUUGCUUAUUGUACUAAGAAAAUGUUUGCCAUUUUUCGCUUUUUUCAUCUCCAUUCAGUUUUUGUAGGUCAGUUCACCUUGUUGGAGACAUACAUUGUUAGGCGACCGGUCGGUCAAAUAUCAUUCCCUCACCAAACUGAAAUAACUCCGUGUUUGCGUGUGCAUCUUAGUUGACCGUGAUCGAAGCUUUUGGCAUAAUAAAAAGUGUGAUGCAUAGGCGAAUAUGACGUAAUUCAAAAUGGGACCGAAGAGCUAGACGAAGGACAAAAAAAGUUGCUGAAAAGUUCACUUCUGAGUACCCAAUUAGCCCGACCAAGUACCAUAAUAUCACCAAGAUUAGGAUUUGUGUUGACAUAAGUCGAACGCAAUAACUGUGAUAAUUACCUUUAGGUCCUAUAUAUAUAUAUAUAUAUAUAUAUAUAUAUAUAUAUAUAUAUAUAUUUUUUUUUUUUUUUUUUUUUUAAAGCUAUUACUAACUUGAAAAAUGAAUAAUUUCUAUUCUUUGAUUUCUAUUUUUCCAGGUUUCAAUAUUAUAAACGCUCCUGCUACUGGAGGAACGACUCGGAAGUGUAUUCAAUUUACUAGUAAUAGUGUUAGUUACGCCCUCAAAGUCAUUGGAACUAAUCCUCCUACUCUACAGUUCAUGGUGAGUGCACAGUCCAUUCAUGCAUGGGAGCUUAAACUCAGCAUACGGCCGGAAUUUUAUUCGAAAGUGGACUCAGAUCUGUAACAGUUAACAUUAAGUGGACUAACGUUUACGCAGCAGUGUGUAAUCAAAGGGUGGGCGAGAAUUCAAAGGAAUUUUUCACUUUUAUUUAUUUAUUUCUAUUGUGGGUCCAUAGACUUAAAAGUAUUCUGCCAGAGAUCGUCCUCGUACUAUCCAGAAAUCAUUUUCUUUUGCUUUAGCGAAUGAUUAAAUGAGUUUAAAAGGUUGAAAAGCAUUGGAAAGCACUUUCCAUAAGCUAUAUAUGAAACCAUUCUAUAAAAUGCUAGAAUUAUAGAGUGUAUAACGAUCAACUGUACGUCACAGAAAUACAUUGUAUAAUAAUUCUCAACUUGGACGGACUUAUUAGCAGCGUUCAUUAUGUCAACUUUAAGUCUUUUUAUUUCAACCUAGAGAUUCUUAGACCAUAGAACCAAACGCAAGUCAGCUUACUACCAACAGAAACAAUGCUCCAAACCAACAAACAACUAG